AUGGGUAAGGAGAAUGUUGCUGUAGCGACUCUGUUAUAUUCGGCGGAUUAUCUGCCUGGUGUGUUUACGUUGGGGUUUCAAUUGCGGAAACUUAUCGAUGCUGGCGGUUGUGGAUGUGUUAAGACGUGUAUUGUGGUGACCAAGUUGCUGUACAAUGACAUACUGAGCGAUAUCAGUAAGAACUUGCUGAAUUGUUUGUACGAUGAUAUUGUGCUCGUGGAUCCUUUGGAUUACCAGCAUAUUACCCAGGACAUGAACAAGGAGAACUUGAAAAUGCUGGAGAGACCUGAACUGUCCUUUGCUCUGAUUAAAGCGAGGAUCUUUGAGCUAACCCAGUAUGAGCAAGUACUUUACUUGGACGCUGACACCUUGCCUCUGAACUCUGGCAUAUUUGACUUAUUUGACCAGUUGGCCGACCAGACUAGCGAACAAGUCGCCGCUGUCCCAGAUAUCGGCUGGCCAGACAUUUUCAACAGUGGUGUUAUGAUGAUUGUCCCUAACAGGGACGUUGUCGCCGAACUAAACAACUACAUUUUAAAUGUGGUGUCCAUUGAUGGUUCUGACCAAGGUAUCCUAAAUCAAUUUUUCAAUCAGAACAUGAGAUUGAAUGAUUUUGGGAGAAUAGCCAAUUACUCCACUAAGGAAUGGAUUAGGUUGCCAUACCUUUACAACGUUACUACGCCAAAUUACGGCUACGAGUGCCCUCCAGCUAUGAAAUUCUUUGGCCCACAUAUUCGUUUAGUGCAUUUCAUUGGUAAACAUAAACCAUGGAGCAAAUGGUCUCAAGAGCAAUUCCAAAAGAGCUCAUAUGCCGCUCAAUGGAGAGCAGCGUACUUGGAUUUCCAAAUACAGUAUGAUCUGGUUGAUCUAUUAGCCCAUACUACCAUCAAGGACGAGGAUGAGCACAUUGAACCUCAACAGGAUGAGUGUGAAGAACACAUAGAAGAGAACCAACCUGAUGAAUACCACCAUGAGCAAACGCAAUACAAUGAGCGUCUGGAGAAGAUUGACGAAAUCAACGAGGACGAGUGCGAUAUUAUUGAGGAGGAACAACAACCAAUAGAAAAACCCCCAACUCCAAUCCAACUUCCUCUAGAUUUCAAAGAAUGGUUAACAACAUUUAUAUCGAAGGAAGAUGAAGAGCAACAACAUAACGAAGAGCCUUCCGUUGAGGAAUCCCAAGGAAAUGAGCCAGAAGAAACACAUUUUAGAGGUGUUCAUUAUGAGGAGCAUAUGAUUCAACAUCAUGAAGAGGAAACCAUAAAUAGACAGGUAUCGCAUCCAAAAGAAGACGCCGCAAACGAGGCAGCAAGAGAAAUUGAACAACCAAAAGAUAGAUAUGAUAGAAAGGUUGAGAUUAUAGAGGAAGAAGACAUAAAGGAUCAUGAACUGGAUGAUUUAAUUGAUGAUGAAUCGUCAACCAAUAAACAAGAGGAUGACGAUGAAAUAGUAGAUGAGCAAGAAGAGUCUAGACUUGCUUCGGAGCUGGAAGUAAAGGACUCCAAGAUGGAUGUACAAGAAUCAAGGUCACAUAAUAUUCACAACCAAAAUAAUAAUAAUAAUUACAGGUUUGAAUGGGAAAAUACAAAUUAUUUGAACACUGUGGAAAGAUCAUUCCCUGAAGAUAUUUUUGAAUAUUCUGUAGAGUGA